GUUGUCCCCAGCAGGCGAUGAAGCGCGUAAAGGAUCCGUCCACGGCCAAACGGGCUCACGCAAACGUGGAACGGCUCCGCUGCGGUGAUGCUACCAGAGCUAAUUUCUUGCUUGGCUCCUUAAGGUACACUCUCUUGACCCACGGCGGUCGCAUCCUUCCACCCACAGGCCCUGAUUGGAAUUUGCGCGCUCUUCCGGCUCGCUAGUGGAGCGCAAAAGUGAGCUUCAACAAU